AUGGCGGUGGCUUAUAUCAAUCACCAAGGGGGAACCCGCAGUCAAGCGGUGAUGGAGGAGUCGGCCAAAAUCCUGAAGUGGGCGGAGACGUAUGUACCAACUCCAUCAGCGGUCUACGUUCUGGGAGUGGAGAGUUGGACGGCACAUUCCCUCAGUCGGACGACCGUAGACCCAGGAGAGUGGUCUCUGCACCCGGAGGUGUUUGGCUCCAACGGAGACAGUCAAUCGGAGGUGGACUUAAUAGCAUCCAGACUCCUCCACAAACUCCCUGCCUUCAUCUCUCGAACAAGAGAUCCCUGGCAUCAAAUAAAGUAUUCCCGGCUUCCACAUGGAUAUUGUAGAUAUUUUUUUAACACAUUUAAAGGCUGUGUACACACUCAGUGCUCCUACUUGCAUAUACCAAAGAACUGUGAUGAAAAGGUAUGCAUGGAUGUGUUACAUAAGCUGCUUAGUGAAAAUAGCACAUUUUUAUUGAAACGUGCUGAGCCAAAGAUCCAAGAUCUGACAACAAACAUUUUUACCUUCCGGUCCCUUCCGAAGCUGUCCUUCAGGCAAAUCAUGGUCAUCCUAGGAUUAAUGACCUCAACCAUUUCAGCAGUCAAGUGGGCACGGUUCCACAGCAGGAUACUUCAGAACUUUCUCCUGUCCACCUGGGACAAAAGUCACCUCUUCUUGGACAAAAAAUUGUCCUUUCCUCUUCAGCCAACCUGUGACCAGAUUAUCAAGGUAUUUGAAAGUGUUGCAUUUUCUGGCUUACAGACUGCAUACUCAAGAUUACUGGAUAUAUUCUGUAAGUUUGUACAUAAUGGAAUGAACAUUACUCCUGUGCAAAUCAACCAUAUCAUAGCAAUUAUGAGCAAGUCCAGUGCCGCAAACAAUCACAUCAGCAUUCUUUUAUCCAUGAAAUCAAGUCUUGAGCUGAAGACUUCAAAAACAAAUUGGACCUGUGACAUGGAUGCAGUGCUGUCAGAAGUUGAGCAUUGUAAAGUCAACAGUGAUUGGAUGAAACUAGGAACUUUGUAUCUUACUGUCUGUACAGGAUGUGAGAACCUAACUAACAUUAAGAAAUUUUCAAGAUGCAUAGCUGAAGCACUUAUGAAAGAUUCAAUCAACGAAAGGCCAGAAAUUCCCUAUUGUGAAUUUGCAUCUGCUAUAUUUAAAAAUUCACAGUUUAAUGAAAUCCAGAAAAAUAUUCUUGGAAGGAUUGGAAUUUCCGUCAUGUUCUUUUAUCAUGAUAAAGAAAUGUGGCUAAAGGGAAGAAAAGUGAUUAACAAAUUCCAUGAGCUCAAGAUUAAUUACACCAUCUUAAAAGGGCUCUUGGGUCAGGAAAGCACUAUGUCACGAUGUCAUGUGGUGAAUAUUGCUGUUGAGAUUUUCCUAAAGUGUGGAAACCUUGGAAGUGCUAUGCAUACACUGAAAGAGUCUGACUGGAUAAUUAACACUUCCAUGUGGCCGUGUAACAUGAUGGAUGUUUUGCACCGUCACAACUUGAUGUGUUUAUUGGUAUGUGAAGCGCUGUCUAAGAGCAUGUUCACCUUGUGCUUCGAGGUCCUCCAAAAUCUGCCUGGAUUCCAGGAGUCUCAAAAUGAUGUCAAUGUCUCGCAGUAUGCUAUGCUCUUUAAUAAGGUCCUGAAUACCUGUGUUGCAAACCGUAGUAUUGGCAUAUCUGCAUCCAUUGUAGACUUCAUGAUUGUUAAGAAGAUUCCAAUAGACUACUUAAAUCUCCAGGUAUUAAUAACCACCCUAGGACGCAGUAGUCUGUGGAAUAAGACUAGGGACUAUUAUAAAAGUGCCAUGACAUUGGGAUUUUACCCACUUUUUGAAAGGAAAACAAAUCCAAAUAUUCUGUACAUUCCCUCCUUUAUGUCAGAAGUAGAAAUGCUAAUGACCAUCGAACAGUUCAUGGUAUUAAAUGCUAGCAGCAUUCGGUUGCAAGGCGGAUGCAACCAAAGUCCUCAGAUUGUCCUGAAAAGAAUGGAACAGGACAAUGCCAAGAGCAAAGACAGCUAUCAUGCUUCAGCAGAAAGGUUAUUUGAGGCGAGCAGGUUAUCGAACCCCAGACUUUUCAUAAAGCACAUGACAGUCAAUAACAAGAAUGAAGAAGUAUACACUCUCGACAGCAACUCUGCUCUUAAAUGGCUGAAUGAAAAUAUGAAGUGGGCCGGUAGUGUUUGGUAUUUUCAUUAG